UCCCAUAGAUGUUUGUGAGACCAGAUUUCUUCUUGUUACUCUGGGAAAGUCUAGCAGACCACCCCACCCCACACACCUUUUCAGGUUUUAGUUGCUGCGCUCUUCCUUCUGAACACAGCAACUCUCCUGAGCUCAACGUUCCCAGGGCCGAGUUUGAGAAAGGCCAACACUGUGGAGUUCAGCCUUGGGCCCGGUCCUCUCCACUUCUCUUGCUGCUCCUACUCAUAGGCUUUCCUCAUCCAUUUCAUUCAGGGACCUUCCAAGAGUUACAGCUUUUCUGUUUUCCAAAAUAGUUUUUUUAAGAGAAGUUCCUGCCCACCUGCCUUGAGUCUUUGGCCAUCCCACCCCGCCAUCCUAGGGUACUAUUUUCAUUUCAUUCCUUGGCAUCUGACCUGAAGAAGCCCUUGUAACUGAAGAGGCCAUCCUCUGCGGCAGAGCUCCCAUCCCAGGAAAUCAGCUCAGGCAUUUGCUUCAUUUUAAGGAAUUCUACCUAACAGUGUCCUCUGAGUUCCUGCACCAGAGCCACUAGGUUGCCUUUUAAAAGGUAAAUUUCUAAAUCUUACCCUAGACCUGCUGAAUUAGGUAUUCUGAGGGGCAGACCCUGGGAAUGUCAUUUUAAAUUUACUUCUUUUAAUCUUCCUUGCAACAAAAGGCUAAGACUAAACACCUGGGCCAAUUUUCUCAGCAAAACCUGUAAAAAUAGAGUAUGUGAGUAUAAAACAGGGUACCCUGGUUUGGGGACUAUACAUUUAGGGACUUUGGGUGGGUCAAACAUGAUAAAUAAGCCAGAGAGACCUUCAAACUAGCUCUGACAUGGCACAAGGCCAGCCUGCUACCGACCAAACCACUACCAAAGUUAACUCUAGUCACCAUCUUAUGGCCAUGCUGGCCCCUGGACAGUCAGGUCUCUGAGCUCAAAUACAUUUGCAAACUGUCCAAGACCUCAGCACCUACACAAAUUCCAAAGAGGCCGGGCUUCUAUUAGCCAAAGAGAUUAACAAGGACUACUAUAUUGGGAGCUAAAAUGAAUAAGGAACCUAUUCAUCAACUUUACUGAUUUAUUUUUUUCAUUAAAAAAAAAUUCCGGGGGUAGGAGAGGAUAUAUAUGGGGACUCUGUACCUGUCACUCAACUUUGCUGUGACCCCCACGACUGCUGUAAAAAUGAAGUACAUUUUUUUUUUUAAUAAUCAGAGGGGAUGCUGGCUUCUGGUGAUAAAGUGGGAGUAUGAUAAGAGACCAGAAGAUCUGGAUGGCUGAAGUUACAGCAUGCACUGAGUGAUGGUUUGGUAAGCCAGAAAAUUGUGCAGGGACUCUAGGAUGUAAUUAGUCACUCCAGUCAGGCUGGCUACUUCCCUGUGUUUUUAUCAUUGUGUCCUCAGCUUGGUCAUGGAAUCACAUCCCUUGUUUCAUAGACCAGGGACCCAUGGUUCGGGGUAGGGGUCUGCCUGGAGUCGCCAGCCAGUGAGUGAGUGGCAUGGCCAGGGUCAUAUUCCAGCCUUGAGCUCUCCCUCCACCCACUCUGCCUCUCACUAUUUGUGCUUUAUCUCCUAGGAAGAGAGCCAUUGACAGCUUCCCGAAGGGGAAAUGCUGGCCUGACCUAAAAAUAGCUUCCAUUUAUUGAGCACUUAGUCCGCCACAUUCUGCUAAGCACUUUACAGAGAUUACCGCUUUUAAUCCUCAUGACAACCCUAUGGUUAUUACUAUCUCCAUUUUACAGAUGAGGAAGCAGAUCUAAGACCGUGGUGUUGUGAGUGACACAGCUAGCUGGGGAGAGGGCCUAACUGCAGAGUGCAGAAUGUGCCUAUGCCAACCUGCCCUGCCCUGGGCCAGGGACCCCAGCAUGGGCCAGUGCGCAGACUUCACAACCCACUGAGGGCAGAGUGGAAGAAGAACAGUGAAAGAUGUGCCUGUGAAUCAGCUGAUCCCAGGCGUUGCUUGGGACUGGAGCACCCUGUUGCAUGAGCUGGAUGUCAGGAGCUGAGAUGUCACCCAAUCCUCGCCAACACAAGCCAGAGAGCCUUUUUGGAUAGUCUGUGCUCAAGCACUCCCCUCCCUCCCUCGUGCUGCGAGAGGUGUCAUCUCUCUCCCAAGAUAACAGGGCCACCUCAGCCCUCCUCCUGUGGCUAUUCUGAGCUGCUCUCUGAUCCCCCCACCUCAUCCUGAGCCCCUACUUCAGUCCCCCUGCUGGGAGGAGCUUGGUGAAGAAAGGCCAGCCCAGUUAUGUAAUCCGUGGCUGGGACCCCAGGGAGGCCAGCCUGGGCAGCAGGUGCUCAGCCCCUUGCUCAGCAGCAACAGUGAAAAUCUGCAGCUGGAGACGCGCCUUGGGGUAGGCCCAGUAUGGAGGGACCCACAGCUCCGGAGGUGGCCUCAGAAUCCAAGCUGAAGGGGGAAGACGUCAACCCAGCAGAUGCUGACGGCACCCAGGCUUCACCUGGACGGGAAGUUGGCAGCCCCACGGCCCAGCUCCUGCCCCCGAUAGAAGGUGAAGAGCACCCCAAGAUCUGGCUACCUCGGGCCCUGAGGCAGACCUAUAUCCGGAAGGUUGGGGACACGGUGAACCUACUGAUCCCAUUCCAGGGCAAGCCCAGACCUCAAGCCACCUGGACUCACAAUGGCUGUGCCUUGGAUGCCAGUCGUGUGAGCGUGCGGAACGGGGAGCGAGACUCUAUCCUCUUCAUCCGGGAGGCUCAACGUGCUGACUCGGGUCGCUAUCAACUCCGUGUGCAGCUGGGAGGGCUCGAGGCCACAGCCACCAUUGAUAUCCUGGUGAUCGAGAGGCCAGGCCCUCCUCAGAGUAUUAAGCUGGUAGAUGUUUGGGGCCUCAACGCCACCCUGGAAUGGACACCUCCCCAAGACACAGGCAACACAGUACUCCUGGGAUACACGGUGCAGAAGGCUGACACAAAAUCGGGGCUGUGGUUCACGGUGCUAGAGCAUUAUCAUCGCACCAGCUGCAUUGUCUCCAACCUCAUCGUGGGCAAUUCCUAUGCCUUUCGUGUCUUUGCUGAAAACCAGUGUGGACUCAGUGAGACAGCCCCCAUCACUGCUGACCUUGCCCACAUCCAGAAAGCAGCUACUGUUUACAAGAGCAAGGGGUUUGCCCAGCAUGACUUCUCUGAAGCCCCAAAGUUUACCCAGCCCCUGGCAGACUGCACUACAAUCACAGGCUAUGACACCCAGCUCUUCUGCUGUGUCCGUGCCUCUCCCAGGCCCAAGAUCAUCUGGUUGAAGAACAAGAUGGAUAUCCAAGGCAAUCCCAAGUACAGAGCUCUCAGUCACCUGGGAGUCUGCUCCCUAGAAAUCCGCAAGCCUGGUCCCUUUGAUGGAGGCAUCUACACCUGCAAAGCAGUUAAUGCCCUGGGGGAGGCAUCUGUGGACUGUCGGGUAGAUGUGAAAGCUCCUCACUGAAGCUACCCAAGAGGACAUGGUGCUCUAUAAAAGUGCCUCCAGGAAGCCUGCCUGUGGCGAGACUAUUCUUAAGGAGCUUCAACACAAUGUCUGGUUUGAACUAAUCUAAAUAAACGUGUGGAUCCUCUGUGCAUAAAAAACCAUCUGUUUGAGCCUUUCUAUAUGGGAAAACAUUGUGAAAAUUAGAAUCUUUCAGCCUGACUGGAAUGUCAGGACCCUAAGAUUCUUCCUUCUCUUUCCAUAACCACAUUCUCUUCCACAGAGGUUUCUGAUGCUGUCCUUUGCCCUAGACAGUCUAUGACAGAACUGAAUUCACCUCUGCAGUGCCGAGUGUUAAGGAGAAAUAUUGAAGAUGACUUGCUCUCUUCCUCUGUGGGCUUUCUAGGGUAAUAAGAGUGCACAGGGCUCACAAAACAGCAACCAGAAAUACAAGCAUAGUUAGUUAAAGACAGAGCCCUAAGACCUGAGGGCUGAGAUGGUACUGAAGAAACUGAGAACAGAAAGGGAGGCCUGAAGGUGAGGUUCCCUUAUCUUUGUUUCCAUUCUUACAACAAGUAAGAUAUUGAAGGCAUUUUGUAAUGGAAUCUACAAAAGACAGCUCCCAUCUUUGGGCAUGAUGCUUUUUCCAUCAAGAGUUGGGGGUCUAGGUCUCUUUCCUGUGAAUCAUGUCACUUGCUUCAAUCAAAAGAAUAUAACAAAAGUGUUGCUCUGUCAGUUCUGGGCCCAUACCUUAAGAGAGCUGGUAGUUUCUGCUUUUGCUCUUGGAAGUCAGCUCCUGUGUAAACAAUCUCAGGCUAGAUGGCUGAAUUGUGAGAGGACACGUGGAGGGCAACAGAGCAUCCUAGCUGGCAGCCAGCACUGAGGCCCUCGAUGGUGUGACCACCUUGGACCCUUCACCCCCAUCAAGGCCAGUCAACACCUUGUGGAGCAGUGACACACCAUCCCUGCAAAGCCCUUCCCCAGCUGCAAAAUCAACAGCAAAUAUAUGAUUGCUGUUUCCAGCCACUAAAUUUUGAAAGUGGCCUGUUACAUAAUAAUAGAUAAUUGAACCAGCCUUCUAUGUAUCAGGCUUGAACUAAGUGCUUUGUCUCUUUUCAUCUCCAUUUUACAAGCACGAAUUUAAGCUUAUAAAUUGCCCCAGGUCAUGCAGCUGACAAGCAGAAGAGCUAUGAUUUGAACCAGAUCCU